AUGCGUAGAAGAGUAGUGGGAGAUCGUUUUACCAUCAAUGGACCUCAGCAGAAACGAUCAUCGAAUUUUAAAAACGAUUUAAAUAAUACUUAUUUCAUGGGAGUGUUGGCAAAUAUUCCCAUUUUCGACGAAUUGAAACCUCUCACAGGAAAUCUAGAAUUCGUUCUGUAUAACUUCCAUGAUUAUUUUGAUGGCAUUAUAGGCAUCAGAGAUUUGCGUAAUCUAAAACUAAACAUCGACACAUAUAAUAAAAUACUGUUCAAUAAAACAAUUGAAAUCCCUCUUCAUUACAGGAACGAGUUUAAUAUUCAGAAAAUCGAAAUUCCACCUUUCACGUCCGUUUUAAAACAAAUUAAAACCAAUUUACCUAAUUGCGAAAUAAUCAUACCCGACUUUCAAAGUAACGACUCACUUAAAAUUCCAAGUUCUCUUUUGAAAGUUCAUAAUGGACUAACUACUAUUGAAAUCUCUAAUCCCACAAACGAAACGCAAUUAGCACUCAUUGACGAAAACUUUCUAAAACCAUUUGCACAAAACUACAAUACCUCACAAUUUGAAUGUUUUAAUAUAGAAGAAAUUACACCUUCUCUCCCUCUAGGAGAAACCAAUUUUGAUUUCUCCACAAUCAGAACCGACCACAUGAACAGAGAGGAAAAAUUUGAAUAA